AUGUUCCAUCCUCCCUUUCGCUUUCUCACAUUCCCAUGCACAAAACCACCUCAACUAAACAUUCACCUCUUCCUUUCCCUUCCCGCACCAACCUUACUCUGCUCAUCACUCAACGAUGCUUCCUUUUCCAUCCCUAAAUCAACCCAGUUUGGUUAUAGUCCUCCAGAGGAUCUCUUUGGACUUGAGGUGGAAUUCAAGCCAAGGAAAGCGAACUCGCAUAUAAGAGAACCAAGGUCAUGGUUUGGACCAAAUGGACAAUAUAUCAGAGAGCUACCUUGUCCAAGUUGUCGAGGAAGGGGUUAUACUCCUUGUACAGAAUGUGGAAUUGAGAGAUCUAGAUCAGACUGUCCAAAAUGUAAUGGAAAGGGUUUACUGACUUGCCACCAGUGCUCUGGAGAUUGUGUUAUAUGGGAAGAAUCAAUCGAUGAACGGCCAUGGGAGAGAGCUCAAUCAAUAUCGCCACUCAAAGUGAAGGAAGACGAUGAAGUUGACAAAUUGGACAUAAAGCUAGAUGCAAAGAAAAAAUCUAAGCGUGUUUACCAGUCACCAUCUCCUGAAGUUGGAUUGAAGAUUAGUCGUUCUUUAAAAAGUCUCAAUGCCAAAACCGGUCUAUUUAGCAAACGGAUGAAGAUCAUUCACCAGGAUCCAAUUCUUCAGGCUCAGAGAGUGGUUGCUAUUAAGAAAGCCAAGAGAACCGUUUCAGCUAGAAAGCAUGCUUCCAAAACUAUGAAUGCAUUCUUCAGCGAUCCAAUAAACCGUCAGAAAAGGAGCAUCGCCAUGAAAGGAGUGAAAUUCUACUGUCAAAACUGUGGACGUGAAGGACAUAGGAGACACUACUGUCCGGAACUCAAGGACGGUUUAACUGAUCGGCGGUUCACUUGCAGGCUAUGCGGCGAGAAAGGCCACAACAAAAGAACGUGUGGUAAGUUAAGGAUAAGCCAUAGUGAUGGGAGAGUUAUAAAACAUCAUCGAUGUAAAAUAUGUCAACAAUAUGGCCAUAACAGAAGGACAUGUCCACAAGUUGUUUCGAAUAAAAGAUUAGACACGGCUUCUCGACGAGUAUAUAUCUGUCGAUUGUGCCAGAAAGAAGGACACAAUGUUAGGACAUGUCCUAGAAGAAUAGUUGAUACUGAAGAUUCUCAAGAGUAA